AUGUAUGGAAGAAAUCAUUCAGUUGUGAGAGUGUCUGAAUUCAUCAUAACAGGCUUUGAUCAUCUCUCACAUCAGAAACUUCUCGGGUCCAUUAUUUUAAUUACAUAUGUUUUGAUAUUGUUUUUUUGGUCCAUGAACAUGAGUAUAAUUAUUAGAAACAGAGCAUUGCAUUCACCAAUGUACAUAUUUAUUUUCAACUUGGCAGUUGUAGAUAUAGUGUACACCACCAGUUCUAACAUAACCAUGAUUGUUGUGCUUCUUGGAGAAAUGAAAACUAUUUCCUUUAAUUCAUGCAUCACUAGUAUGUUCUCCUAUCACCUUGGUGGUACCAACUUGGGCCUGACAAUCACUCUGAUGGCUGUGGAUCGCAUGCUUGCCAUUAGGUUGCCUCUGAGGUACCACAGCAUCCUCACAAACUCACGGAGCUUUGCACUUGUCUGUGGUAUCUGGAUCAUGGGCAUGUUAUCUGUGAGUCCGAUCAUGGACGCAGCUCACGGUCUCCCAUACUGUCAGCCCAUCAUAAAAUACGUGUUCUGUGACUAUGCUGCAAUGAUUCGAGCUGCGUGUGUAAACCCUGAACCCUACUUCUCCAUUCCAAUAGUACUAGGUUGGUGGAUGUGGUUGCUGUGGGGUCAUUUUUCCAUCAUCCUAUUGACAUAUGUUGUGAUUGUCUGGACUGUUCUGAGACUUCCAGAAAAGGGAAGCAGGAGGAAAAUGUUUACUACUUGUAUAUCGCACAUCAUUGUGGUCUCGGCCUAUUACACACCCAAAAUAGUAUCCGUUCUGCUUACUAGAAUUGGGUUGAGACUUAAUCUGACCGAGAGAAAUGCUGUUCUUAUUCUGGCUUCAACACUGCCUCAGCUGAUCAACCCCAUAACAUACUGUCUGACAACAAAGGAACUAAGAGAGCGCAUGAUAAACAUGAUGGAAAAAUGAGUGGUAAUGAAGUGA